GUGGCAGAAACCCAAUUCCCCUCCCUAACCAAAAACAUAUACACACACUCUCGCUCCCUCCACUUCUCUCCCUCUGCAGCCAAACAAUGGCAUCACCAACCCUAAUAACUCCCACCUCCAAGCCAACACAACUCUCCCCCAUCAAACCCAAAUUCACCACCACUACCACCACCACCACCAUCACCGCCGCGGCCUGUCAACCUCGGCGCCGUGAAUUCUUAUCACUAGCCACAGUCAUCCUCUCUCCGGCAUGCCUCUUUCCGGUGACUCCAGCGCUAGCUGGUACCGACGAAGAUUACGUGAAAGAGACGGAAGAAGUAAUAACCAAGGUGAGAAACACCAUCAACAUGGACAAGAAUGAUCCCAAUGUGGCUAAUGCGGUGGCGGAGCUGAGAGAGACUUCAAAUUCUUGGGUAGCCAAGUACCGGAGGGAGAAAUCUUUGCUUGGCAGGCUUUCCUUCCGGGACAUAUAUUCUGCAAUCAACGCCGUUUCCGGCCACUAUAUUAGUUUCGGCCCCACCGCGCCGAUACCGGCAAAGCGUAAGGCGAGGAUAUUGGAAGAGAUGGACACUGCGGAGAAGGCCUUGUUGAGAGGAAGAUAAAGAGCGGUACUAGAUAAUGCAGAGAAGCAUUUUCUUUUUUCUUUUUUCUUUUAGUCAAGAUCCAAUUUUAAGUAUUUGAGUUUUUACAUUGUUCGAAUUAGAGUUACACAAUGAGGUUUACUUUGUGUGAACUGUGAUGGGGAAUAUUUUGCAAAUAAAUUGUAGAGUUUCUUUCA